CAGCAGAUGUAGUUGGAGAUCGGUGCUGGCAGGAGACUUGUGUACGACUGAUCAGAUAAGAACAGAGACAUGUCUGACGAGCGCUUCUCUGCCAUGGACGAGGGCUCAUUGCGAAAGCUGCUGGAGGUGACCCUGGACCUGGCGGAGCGGCGGGAGAUCCGCUCCGCAAUUCGAGAGUUACGCAGUAAGGAGCUGGAAAGAUGUGAGGAAGCGCUGGCCUCGAAACGCUUCAGAUCGGACAGAGGACACGAGGACAAAGAGAAUCAGCCUGGGGAAGAGAAACAGCAGCGAGCUCUGCAUGCGUUGGCAGGAAGGCUACAGGAGAUAAAUGAUGUGGAGGAGCUGACAGCACUGCUUAGAGGAUCCAGCGAGUAUGAAGAGAGGAAGCUUAUCCGUGCUGCUAUCCGGAAAGUCCGAAAUGAUGAAAUUGAAGCAGCAGCAUUGGCUGGAAUGCUGGUCAGCCGCACAACUGACCGAGACAAUGGCACCACACCGUCCAAAAGUCUAGAGAGUAUUGUAGAUCUCACUUCUUUGGCGCAAGAUAAAGAGGACUUAGAAGAAAGGAAGAUUAUUAAGGCUCAGAUCCAUGAACUCCGCAGCAGUCAGAAUGGAAGCAACCAUGCUGCAGUGGAUGACUCUUCAUCUGACAUGGUUCUGCUUCUAAGUGCUCCCUCAAAACAAAAGUUGUCAUCGUCUUCAUCAUCAUCAUCGGUUUCUUCCGAACCUGGGCAUAUGUCACAGUCCCAUACAACAGAGCACUCCACCCUCAGCACAGACUCAGAGGAGGACACUCCACAGAAUGGAAGUACAGAGGUAUAUGUAGCGUCAGCCACACAGAUCAGAGCGGAGAAACCUCCAGAUAAUAGAAUCACCCUUCAGAAACAGAGUUUUCAAGCAGAACAAAAGCCUGAUCCCAGAGAAACCAACAAAACCAUAAUCUUGACAAAUAAGAGUGCUGAUAAUAAAGGAUCGGCUCCAGAGGAGAAGGCAUCAAGGACAUGUACAGAGCCAGAUGGCAAGGUUCCACUUUUCCCUUUCAAAAGAGCCAAUUCUGUGAGAGACAGAGUGAAGAAGUUUACAGAAGAGCCCCCAGGCAUGCCUCCUCCUUUUACUAACAGAUUCUCCAGCAUGAGAGGUGAGAGACUCCCUGCAAGAGGAGGACGUAUACAGCAGCAGCAAUCCCUGUUCUCUGCAGGUCAGAAGAAUGGCCACGACCACUCGCAGGUGGCACACACAGCUUCAGGACUUGGUAGCCAGAAAAGUGGUCAAAGUACAGGAAGCAGUAACAGAACACACAACAGUAAACCAACAUCUGUACCUGAAAUAAAGAACUUCAGGAGCUGCUCCUUUAAAGGAUCCUCGGCUCAUGGCUCUGCAGGACUCGGCACAUCCUCUGGGGAAGUGAACAGAAGACUUCCCCAAAGCAAAGGCUCAUUCAUCCCAAAGCAGGAAGGUGGGAGGAGCAACACAGACCAAUUGCAAGUUACCCAGGCCACAACAGAGGGGGGGAGACAAGUUGAAAAUACAGAUGGGACCAGUACAACAUCAGUGGUACAAGACAGUGCACAGCGCGCUACAUCACCUCUGUGUACAUCUUCCAAAGACACUCAGGACGACGACAUGAAGACCUUGCUCACCAUUGAGAUCAAAGAUGGACGGAAUCAAGGGACAAGUAGUCGGAUCGUGGGGCAGCCAGGAAAUCAAAGAGCAGAACUGACUUUGGGUCUGACGGCUUCCCCAUUCAGAAUUGGCAGUGGUGUCGCCACCAGCAGCAUCAACACAAGCGGAGUCAAUGCAGGCAGCGAAAUCAGUUCAAGCAACAUCAAUUUAAGCAGUGGAAUCAAUGCAAGGAUUGUGAACACAAGCAGCGCUAAUGCUGGUAGUGGGAUAAGUGCAAGCAGCAUCAAUUUGGGCAACAGGACCAAUGCAAGCAGUUACACUACAAGCAGCGACAAUGCAGGCAAAACCAUCAGUGUUGACAGUGGAAUCAGUACCCAGGAGCUGGAUAACCAGCUGUCAGAGCCAGUAUACAGUGCUGAGCAUGAGCUCCGGAUUUUUCAGAAGCAGAUCUCACAGCAGCUGCGAGACAUGGCCAUGUUACUGGACCCACUGGCAACUACGGUCAAUGACUUAAAGGAAGAAAAUCUUCAACUCCAUCUAGAACAAGAGAGGCUAGUACAGCAGGUGGAGGAGCUGACUCUCUUCCUUGGUGUUCAAGAACCAUGCGACUCUGUGCCUCAUCCUCCAAGGUUUGCAAGUACUCGUAGAUCCUCCUCUGUGCAUCUGUCUCGAAGUAACAGCCUUGUUGAAGCAGAGCCACCACAGCCGACUAACCAGCAGGUAGAGGUAUUUCUUCCAAGCACAUCUGAGAAAGUAGAACCAGAAAAGAAAGCAAAGCUUACAGCAGAUGAACUGUGCACUAUAGAAGAUGAGGAUGUCCUUGACAAAAUGCUGGAUAAGACCACGGACUUUGAAGAGAGGAGGUUGAUAAGGACAGCCAUGAGGGAGUUACGACAGAGGAAGAGAGAACAACGUGAGAAAGAAAGAGACCAGCGCUUACAAGAGCUGAAGAACAAGGAGAAGGAAGCCAGACUAGCGAGAAGCACAGAGACCAGUUUGCGGCAAAGUGAAACUGUAAACCAUGGCAGAGCUGUCAGCACCAUCACCAAAACACAAACAAUGAUGCAAUCCAAUGUUGGUAGUAGAACAUCAAGAACAACUACAGUGGAGGCUAGUUAUAUGAAAAGAUCAGAAAAUGGUGGUACAGUUCUUCAGACAAAAUCUGCUUCAUAUAGCUCAACAUCCAACAAAGUCGGCAGUGUAUUUGAUCGAGAGGAUGAUGGUGUGGCGGCAUUGGAGAGGAGACAGGCGGAAAGGAAGAAGGAGCUUAUGAAAGCCCAAAACCUUCCUAAAACACCAGCCACACAGGCUCGCAAGGCCAUGAUUGAAAAACUGGGGAAGGAGAGUGGAAGUUCAUCUACUCCUGCUUUUGCCAAAGUCGCCACUCCAAAAUCAUCUGCAUUUGGAGUUCCGAAUGCUAACAGUAUAAAGCAAAUGUUGUUAGACUGGUGCAAAGCAAAAACCCGAGGUUACGAGCAUGUGAGCAUCCAGAACUUUUCUUCCAGCUGGAAUGAUGGAAUGGCCUUUUGUGCCUUGGUUCAUAACUUCUUCCCUGAGGCAUUUGACUACAACCAGCUAAGUCCACAGAACAGGAGGCAGAAUUUUGACCUGGCCUUCUCAGCUGCAGAGUAUCUCGUGGACUGCGUCCCACUGGUGGAAGUUGAGGACAUGAUGAUAAUGGGGAAGAAACCAGAUUCAAAGUGUGUUUUCACCUACGUCCAAUCCUUAUACAACCACCUGAGGCGGCAUGAGAUGCGUCUACGCAAGAGUGAAUUUUAAUAAAGCCUUUUAAUCCCCCUUGACGUCUCCAGGCACAGCACCAGCACCGUGCAGCUAAUGCCACUGCACAACGUCGCAAGUAACCCCAGGAUCACUUGACAGACACUAGUUGGGGUUAUAUUGUACCGUUAACAACAUGUUUCUUGGAGUUAAUGACUGUAUAUACGACUCGGCUUUUGUUUACGCCUCUUCACCCUAACUUGCGUGUGGCCAGAGCCUUUAAUACAUUGCCAUGCAAUGCACUGUAUCCCUAUGGAAGCAUUUAGACUGUUAUCAAGUGCUGUUCUGAUAGGAAUCUAUCACUGCCUCCCAUCCCUGUCCCCUCCCACAGAUUAAUAUAUUUAGAUAGUAUUUUAAAUAUAGCACCUGGCAAGCGCUGGGUAUGUAUAUCAACCACAGGCUAUAAAACGGUCACCUGACUCGCAUAGCAUUCAGUUAUCUUGCACAAUUCACUGGUUGUCGACGCUGCAGGAGUCU